AUGCAGAAUUGGGUUUACUCCUUCAUCUUUUCUACUAUCCUUCAGAAUAUCGCUACGAAAACCGGUCCUGCUGAUACAAAGUCAAACAUAGAGAAUCCCAAUCCUGUGCAACACUGUCAAGUGGACGGAUGCAAGUUUACAAGCGGUAGUGCUCGAGGAAUCAUCGAGCACCAAAAGAACAUGCACCUAGGAAAGGUGUGUUAUUGGCGCCUCGAGAAUGGAAGAUACUGUGGCCACGAAGCGGAGAGCCACGGCGAGCUUUAUCAGCACUUCAACAGCAUUCACUUGGCUACAAAUGGCCAGCAAGGACCACCAUUCCAAUGUCAAUGGCCGGGGAGUCUAGCAAUGACUAUACCCAACGGCCCAUCUAUUCCUGCGGAACCCCCAUGCACGCAAAUGCUGCAGAAGAAGGGUAGUGCCGAUAGACACGCUCGUGAGCAUCAGCACAAGAUCUGGAAGAAGGUGGAGGAGCUUUCCGCUGCGAUGAAAAAAGAAGAGGAUGAAUAA